GUCAUACCGCGUACGUUGCCAACAACACUGGUAAACCAUAGACAAACAGAUAUAAAUUUGAAGUUAGCUGUCUUGACUUGACAACACCAAAUCGUAAAUUUUAACUCUCUUUCAGUUUUGACAGCAGGGAAGGCAGCCAUGUCGGCCCACAAGACAUUUAUUAUUAAGCGUAAGCUUGCCAAGAAAUUAAAACAAAACAGACCAAUUCCUCAAUGGGUACGAAUGCGCACUGGAAAUACAAUCCGGUACAACGCUAAGAGGCGUCACUGGAGGAGAACAAAGUUGAAGCUGUAAGCUUACUGUCUUGUAACUGUUAAGUAAAUAAACAAUGUAAAAUCUU